AUGGCACCUCGAGGGCAGCCCUCUCGUUCAACUACAGUCAUUGUUAACGUGGCGGUGGCGGACAGCUUCCCUGAAGUGCUUUCAGAGUUCACAGACUUUACUCACGACAAGGAGUACAAUGACAACCUGACUUUUUACUUAGUGUUGGCUCUGGCUGUAGUUUCCUUCCUCUUCAUCACGUGUUUAGUGGUUAUUAUAUCAGUGAAAAUCUACAGAUGGAGACAGUCUCGCAUCCUGUAUCACUCCAAUCUCCCUGUGAUUCCAUAUUAUCCACCACGUUACUCAGACACUUUGGGGACAGGGACUCUCCAACACGUGUACAAUUACAAGGUGUGCAGGACGACUGACUCCAGAAAGAGUGACUGUAAAUUCGGCAGAGCUGGUAGUCAGAAUGUGCUGAUAAUGGACCCCAGUUCUACAGGGACGAUGCAGCGGAUACAGAGUGAGAAGAGCAUCCUGCAUGAACCUGAUUCUCCUUUAGAGAAAUUGUCAGUAUUGCCUUUUCUGAUUUUCCUGUUGUGUCUCAGUCACAUCGUCUCAGGCCAAAUCAGGUAUACAAUUCCAGAGGAGUUGAAGAAGGGAUCACUUAUUGGUAACGUAGCCCAAGACCUUGGUCUGGAUGUGCAAAGGCUCCGUUCUGGCCGUGCCCGUAUCGUGACCAGACAAAGCUUUCAGUACACCGAGCUGCAAACAGACAAAGGCGUUUUAGUCGUCAAUGAGAGAAUUGACCGAGAGCAGCUGUGUAGAGACGUAACGCCGUGCAGCUUCAGCUUUGAGAUUAUUUUAGAAAACCCCAUGGAGUUACACCAAGUAACAGUGGAAAUAAUUGACAUAAAUGACAAUACUCCGACGUUUAGAAAAGAUGAAAUCAAAUUUGAAAUAAGCGAAAUUGCCACACUGGGGUCGCGCUUUUUGUUACCCAGUGCCGAAGAUGCAGAUGUAGGCAGUAAUGGCUUACAGAAAUAUAUACUAACCACCAAUGACAUAUUUGGCUUGAAGCAGCACUCAAGUCCAGAUGGUCGAAAAUAUGCGGAGAUGAUCUUACAAAAAGGGUUAGAUCGAGAAAGCGAGCCUAGAAUAUCACUGAAGCUCAUCGCUGUUGAUGGCGGCACUCCACAUAGAUCUGGUACGGUAAAUAUCGACAUCACAGUGCUAGAUGCAAAUGAUAAUCCUCCCAUUUUCAACCAGUCUCUUUACAGGGCUGCUUUAUUGGAAAAUGCAUUGAAAGGCACCUAUAUCACUAAAGUGAAUGCAAGUGAUGCAGACAGUGGAUCAAACGGACUCGUCACAUAUAGAUUUUCAAACAUGAAGGAGCAGAUGGCUGAUACAUUUAUUUUAGACGAAAUUACGGGAAUCAUAACACUUGUAGGGCAGGUGGAUUAUGAAAAAGAUAAGAAAUAUGAAAUUGUGAUUGAAGCUAUGGACCAAGGAGGCCUGACAGAUUCGAGUAAGGUUCAAAUUGAGAUUGUUGACGUCAAUGAUAAUGCACCAGUUAUAAAUGUAAUGUCAUUCUCCAGCCCCGUGCCAGAGGACUCUUCCUCAGGUACCACAGUAGCAAUAAUUAAUGUGAUUGACGCAGACUCAGAACAAAAUGGUCAAAUAACUUGUACAACAGACAGUGGUCUCCCAUUUAAAAUUAAAUCAACAUUAGCUAAUUACUAUACAUUAGUAACAAACUCGGCUUUUGACAGAGAAGUUGUACCAGAAUAUAACAUAACUGUAAAGGCAACUGAUUCGGGAUCGCCAUCCUUGUCGAGCACAACAGUGUUACGUCUGAGAAUAUCAGAUGUGAAUGACAAUGCUCCCUUGUUUGAUCAAAUUAGCUACGCUGCUCACAUUACAGAAAACAACUCCCCUGGGAUGUCCAUAUUUUCUGUCAAAGCACGUGACGUUGACUGGAAUCAGAAUUCUAGAAUAUCCUACUUUCUAGAAGACACACAGAUCAAUGGAAGUCCGAUCUCUUCUUAUGUCACAAUAAAUACAGAAACAGGAGCUAUCAGUGCAGUGCGCUCAUUUGACUACGAACAAAUUAAAGAACUUAAGGUGGCAGUCAAAGCUCAGGAUGGAGGCUCUCCUCCACUCAGUAGCAAUGCGACAGUGAAAAUAAUAAUCCAGGACCAAAACGACAACCGCCCUCAGGUUCUGUACCCAGUCCAGACUGGUGGCUCUUUGGUGGCUGAAAUGGUUCCUCGUUCAGCAGAUGUGGGCUAUCUGGUGACUAAAGUGGUGGCUGUGGAUGUGGACUCUGGACAGAAUGCCUGGCUCUCCUAUAAACUGCAGAAAGCCACAGACAGGGCGCUGUUUGAAGUGGGCUUACAGAAUGGAGAAAUAAGAACUAUCCGCCAGGUGACUGAUAAAGAUGCUGUGAAACAAAGACUGACUGUUAUAGUGGAGGACAACGGGCAGCCCUCUCGUUCAGCUACAGUCAUUGUUAACGUGGCGGUGGCGGACAGCUUCCCUGAAGUGCUGUCAGAGUUCACUGACUUUACACACGACAAGGAGUACAAUGACAACCUGACUUUUUACUUAGUGUUGGCUCUGGCUGUAGUUUCCUUCCUCUUCAUCACGUGUUUAGUGGUUAUUAUAUCAGUGAAAAUCUACAGAUGGAGACAGUCUCGCAUCCUGUAUCACUCCAAUCUCCCUGUGAUUCCAUAUUAUCCACCACGUUACUCAGACACUUUGGGGACAGGGACUCUCCAACACGUGUACAAUUACGAAGUGUGCAGGACGACUGACUCCAGAAAGAGUGACUGUAAGUUCGGCAGAGCUGGUAGUCAAAACGUGCUGAUAAUGGACCCCAGUUCUACAGGGACGAUGCAGCGGAUACAGAGUGAAAAGAGCAUCCUGGAUGAACCAGACUCUCCUCUAGAGAGAGCAGUCAUCGUCGACGCAGACAGCAGCCGUGACCUGUAA